AUAUGCUUCGAGCUGGCAAUCAGCUGCCGGGUCCUUGCAUCAUUACCGAGGUUGACAGCAACACCCUAAUAACGCCUACCCAUCGAGCGGAGAUUGAUGAAAUUGGUAAUGUUCUAAUUUGGGCUCAUAAUGAUUGGUCUUCUCCAUCCGAGAAAACUGCCGAUCCUAUCAUUGUUCAGUUAGUCGAGGGUAGUUUGCAAAAUGCGAGAAUGGAGAUGGACGUACUAAUUCAAAGAGUAGCGAUGUCGCCCGCUAUGCGUGAACAGCUUGACUAUUUCCCAAUGCUAGCAGCUGGGGAGGGUAAACAUUCAGGGAAAAUGGUGUGCGGACAAUUUGGUAGUUUUAUUCCCGGAUUCCUAUCCUCCUGGGACGACACGAUUGAAGAAGGCGACGUGUUCGUUACCAAUGAUCCUUAUUCUGUCAGCAACUCGAUCUCGCAUCUUAACGACUUCUUGGUGAUCAACCCGGUUCAUCAUGAGGGGAAGAUCGCUGGUUGGACUGCUAAUCUUGGUCAUUUUACGGACAUAGGUUCCGUAGUUCCUGGAAGUAUGCCUAAUUGUGCAACAAGCAUCUUCGAAGAGGGUAUCCAGAUACCCGUUUGUAAGCUUUAUUCACGCGGUGUUCCAAACACGGCAGUAUUCAAGAUAGUAGAGAGGAACAGUCGAAAGCCCGAAUUUGCCCGAAACGACUUGCAUGCCCUCGUCGCCGCCACAAAGAUUGCGAGCAAACGGAUACUAGAGCUGAUCGAACGUUUUGGAAUAGAUCGUUACGAAGAUGCUUUGGACACUCUCCUGACGCGCAACAGGACUGCAGUUGGGAAACUCAUGAAGACUGCAAUCCCCGAUGAGCCUAUCGAUUUCGAAGAUUUCAUCGAUGAUGACGGUCAUGGAAUCGGGCCUUGGAAGAUUGCAUGCAGAAUGGAGAAACAAGUCAAUAGUGAAGGUAGCACGAUCGUUGUUCUUGACUUUGAUGGUACAGACCCACAGUCCGAAAAGUCCAUCAACUUCGCGCUCUCGCAUGAAAUGUUGAAGAUGUUCCUCGUGUUUUACUUAUUGACCGUCUUUGACCCUGUGACUGUUGUGAACGACGGAGCCUUUGACUUGAUUGAUAUCAAGAUUCCCGAGGGAACCAUUCUCAAUCCUAUCCGCCCAGCUGCAUUGUCUUGUAGAACUCAUGCCCUGAGUCGACUAUUCGACGUGAUAUCCGCAUUAUUUGGUCAACGACAGCCCGAGUUCUUGAGCGCUGCUGGCUUCAGUGACUCUCCGCAUUUCUUCUACAGUGGAUGGACGAAGGAAGGGGAGUGGUAUCAGCUCUAUCAAAUUGGAUUCGGCGGAGUACCUGCACGACCGCACGGCGACGGACCAGACGGGCAUAGUCUCUGGCCCUCAAUGAUGGCAGUGCCGAAUGAAUUUUUAGAAAGCUAUUUGCCUCUGAGAAUCGAUCGAUACGAGACUGUUCCAGAUUCAGGCGGUGAGGGAUUCUAUCGAGGAGGCAAUGCAAUCAGGAUUAUAUAUCACUUCCUUGAACCUGGAAAUAUUUCCAUCCACGAUGAUCGAUGGUUAACAAAACCUUGGGGUGUAUUGGGUGGCGGUUACGGUCAGGGGUCUCGGAAGACCUUGAUAAUGGCGUCAGUGAACGGAGCCGAACCGGUCAGACAACCGCUCAAGUCUAAAGAGGAUUUUGUGGAGGUUGCUGCUGGUGACUCCCUUGAAUGGGUGACCUGGGGCGGUGGAGGAUGGUAAGUAGCUCGUGACGGAGAGUCCAUACCUGACCCUUCUAUUACUAGGGGAAACCCAUUAGAGAGAAGCCCCGAAGUGGUCGCUUUAGAAGUCCGCCAGGGAUUGGUCAAAGACACGAGUCGUUAUGGUGUCGUUCUGCGACCCUCGGGAGAAGUAGAUAAGAAUGCCACAAUCAAACUGCGUUCCUCGAUGGCCCCUGCCCAGGCAGAACGGUCCAGGGAACUGUUCAACAGAGGAGGGUCGCUCAAAGACCUGAUGGAUAGAUGUCUGGACGAAACGGGAUUCCCACCUCCUCGACUCCCGUCUACCCGUGUCUUACGAGGGCCGGUGAGCCGACUCAAACAUGUAAUAGAGCUUCACCAACGUCGUGCAGAGGAGGAUCGGCGACUAUUCCAAAUCCAAUGAGUUUCCUUAGAUUUACGACACGAUCGGCAGCAGUUGGAACCUGACUGUAUCUUAACUUGACCAUUGAACAUCUUAUACUGUAUAAUUGGCUCGAUCAAAC